CCUAAAGCUGAAGAGGAACUUUCAAUUGACAGUGUACUUGAAUCUCAACAAGAUAAAAUAAGCCAAGGGUUUCAUCAGGACAAAGACCUCUCUGACCUAAAAAGAGUGAAAGCUGUGGAAGAAAAUGGAGAAGAAGUUGAGCCUAUCCACAAUGGUGCUGAGAAUAUUUCUGAGGGUGAAGGAAUAGAUGCUAAUUCAGGCUCUACUGAUAGUACUGGUGAUGGGGUCACAUUCCCAUUUAAGUCAGAAUCCUGGAAGCCUGCUGAUACUGAAGGCAAGAAGCAGUAUGGCAGGGAAUUUCUGCUGGACUUUCAAUUUAUGCCAGCCUGUAUCCAAAAACGAGGCCUGCCUCCUAUCACUGAUGUGGUUCUUGACAAGAUCAGCCAACCCAAAUUGCCAAUGAGAACUCUGGAUCCUCGGAUUUUGCCUCGGGGGCCAGACUUUACUCCAGCCUUUGCAGAUUUUGGAAGGCAGACACCUGGUGGAAGAGGUAUACCGUUGUCGAAUGUGGGACCACGGAGGUCUCAACCUGGUCAGAGAAGGGAGCCCCGAAAGAUCAUCACAGUUUCUGUAAAAGAAGAUGUGCACUUAAAAAAGGCAGAAAAUGCUUGGAAGCCCAGCCAAAAACGAGAUAGCCAAGCUGAGGAUCCCGAAAACAUUAAAACUCAGGAACUUUUUAGAAAAGUUCGAAGUAUCUUAAAUAAAUUGACACCACAGAUGUUCAACCAACUCAUGAAGCAAGUGUCAGGACUUACUGUUGACACAGAGGAGCGGCUUAAAGGAGUCAUUGACCUCGUCUUUGAGAAGGCUAUUGAUGAACCCAGUUUCUCUGUGGCUUACGCAAACAUGUGUCGAUGUCUAGUAACGCUGAAAGUACCCAUGGCAGACAAACCUGGUAACACAGUGAACUUCCGGAAGCUGCUACUAAACCGCUGCCAGAAGGAGUUUGAAAAAGAUAAAGCAGAUGAUGAUGUCUUUGAGAAGAAGCAGAAAGAACUUGAGGCUGCCAGUGCUCCAGAGGAGAGGACGAGGCUUCAUGAUGAACUGGAAGAAGCCAAGGACAAAGCCCGGCGGAGAUCCAUUGGUAACAUCAAGUUUAUCGGAGAGCUCUUUAAACUCAAAAUGCUGACUGAAGCCAUCAUGCAUGACUGUGUGGUGAAGCUGCUCAAAAACCAUGAUGAAGAAUCCCUGGAGUGCCUGUGUCGCCUGCUCACCACCAUCGGCAAAGACCUGGACUUUGAGAAAGCAAAGCCACGUAUGGACCAGUACUUUAACCAGAUGGAGAAAAUUGUGAAAGAAAGAAAAACCUCAUCUAGGAUUCGAUUCAUGCUUCAAGAUGUGAUAGACCUAAGACUGUGUAAUUGGGUAUCUCGAAGAGCAGAUCAAGGGCCAAAAACUAUCGAACAGAUUCACAAAGAGGCAAAAAUAGAAGAACAAGAAGAGCAAAGGAAGGUCCAGCAGCUUAUGACUAAAGAGAAGAGAAGACCAGGUGUCCAAAGAGUGGAUGAAGGUGGGUGGAACACUGUACAAGGGGCCAAGAACAGUCGGGUACUGGACCCCUCAAAAUUCCUGAAAAUCACUAAGCCCACAAUUGAUGAGAAAAUUCAACUGGUACCAAAAGCACAGCUGGGCAGCUGGGGAAAAGGCAGCAGCGGUGGAGCAAAGGCAAGCGAGACUGAUGCCUUACGGUCAAGUGCUUCCAGUUUAAAUAGAUUUUCUGCUCUGCAACCUCCAGCACCAUCUGGGUCCUCAUCGGUCACGCCUUUAGAGUUUGAUUCCCGGAGGACAUUAACCAGUCGUGGAAGCAUGGGCAGGGAGAAGAAUGAUAAGCCCCUUCCAUCUGUGGCAGCCCGUCCAAACACCUUCAUGAGGGGCGGAAGCAGCAAAGACCUGCUGGACAACCAGUCUCAAGAAGAGCAGCGGAGAGAGAUGCUGGAGACUGUGAAACAGCUUACGGGAGGGGUGGACAUGGAGAGGGGUAGCACAGAGGCUGACCGAAGCAAAAUGAGGGAGGCAGUAUUGAAACCAGAAAUUUCAGCAAUGUCAGCCCCUGACAAGUCUGCAUUGUCAGAAGAGGAGAUGGAGAGGAAGUCCAGAUCUAUCAUUGAUGAAUUUCUACACAUUAAUGAUUUUAAGGAAGCCAUGCAGUGUGUAGAGGAGCUGAAUGCCCAGGGCCUGCUGCAUGUUUUUGUGAGAGUGGGAGUGGAGUCUACCCUGGAAAGGAGCCAGAUCACCAGGGAUCACAUGGGCCAAUUACUAUAUCAGCUGAUGCAGUCAGAAAAACUCAGCAAACAGGACUUUUUCAAAGGCUUUUCAGAAACCUUGGAAUUGGCAGAUGACAUGGCCAUUGAUAUUCCCCAUAUUUGGUUGUACCUUGCUGAACUGGUGACUCCCAUGUUAAAAGAAGGUGGAAUCUCCAUGAGAGAACUUAUCACAGAAUUUAGCAAACCUUUACUUCCUGUUGGAAGAGCUGGGGUAUUGCUUUCUGAAAUAUUGCAUCUUCUAUGCAAACAAAUGAGCCAUAAGAAAGUGGGAGCCUUAUGGAGGGAGGCUGAUCUUAGCUGGAAGGACUUUUUACCAGAAGGGGAAGACGUACAUAAUUUUCUCUUGGAGCAGAAGUUGGACUUUAUAGAAUCUGACAGUUCCUGUUCCUCUGAAGCACUUUCAAAGAAAGAACUCUCUGCUGAAGAGCUAUAUCACCGACUUGAAAAACUCAUCAUUGAGGACAAAGCAAAUGAUGAACAGAUCUUUGACUGGGUAGAGGCUAAUCUAGACGAAAGUCAGAUGAGUUCACCUACUUUCCUUAGAGCUUUAAUGACAGCUGUCUGUAAAGCAGCUAUUAUAGCUGACUGUUCUACCUUCAGAGUGGACACUGCUGUUAUCAAGCAGAGAGUACCGAUCUUACUCAAGUACCUAGACUCAGACACAGAGAAGGAACUGCAAGCACUUUAUGCACUACAAGCAUCAAUAGUAAAACUUGAUCAACCUGCCAAUUUGCUACGGAUGUUCUUUGAUUGCCUGUAUGACGAAGAGGUAAUCUCUGAGGAUGCAUUCUAUAAAUGGGAGAGCAGUAAGGACCCUGCAGAGCAACAUGGGAAGGGUGUGGCCCUAAAGUCUGUCACGGCAUUUUUCACGUGGCUGCGAGAAGCAGAAGAGGAGUCUGAGGAUAACUAAAACUUCAAAUACACAAAACGAAAAAAAGAAACAAUUUAAGUAUUUUUUUAAAAAGUUUCACGUCUUCGCCAAUCACAGUGCAGCAAGGCCAAUUCUCCCAGGAACCCCCACGUGUGCACAAGUGGGAGAGGGGCAAGAAAAAAAAGGUGAUCAUGGAGGAAAAAGGUACUGGAAACACGUAAACGUCAAACCUGAGGGCGGGAGCACGAAAACCAAAAUACAUGUAUUAUUUAUAGAAAAUAUUUUCUGUUUUAAUCUUUUCUUUUUAAACAAGGACUUAUACUUCAAAAACACAUUUAGCAAAAAAAAAAAAAAGUUAAGAACUUUUUAAUUUAUUUUAAUGACUGCAAAUGCCAGUGUGUAAUUUUUUAAUUUGCAGUUUCUGUAAACAAAUUGUAUAAUAGAAAAGCAGAGAAAUAAAUUUCCCUCCCCUUCAGAUGCACCUAGAUGCACCUCACAUUUGUUUUGAGGUAUAGUAGUUAGUCCAGAUUUGAGAAGGUUUCGGGUGAACAAGGUAAGAAAGAUAUUUCUUUUUAUUUACCCCCCUGGCAUCAAAUCUUUCUGCCUGCUUCUCAGCUUGCUUCAGAAAAUUAAAAAAAAAAAAAAAU